AUGACACUUCAGGAAUUAAAUAAAUCUUUGGAGCCUGCGUGGUGGAAGGAAACCACAGUAUACCAAAUUUACCCCUCCUCCUUUCAAGAUUCUAAUGGAGAUGGUAUCGGUGAUCUUCCAGGUAUUAUUUCUCGCUUGGAUUAUAUCAAGGCACUUGGUGUAGAUGCAAUUUGGUUAAGUCCUUGUUUUGACUCCCCUCAAGUUGACAUGGGCUAUGAUAUUUCAGAUUACAAGAAAAUAUAUCCAGUUUAUGGUAACAUGGAAGAUGCAGAAAAACUCAUAAAGAAUGCACAUGAACGCGGUUUGAAAGUUUUAAUGGAUCUUGUUGUUAACCACUCCUCAGACCAACAUCCAUGGUUUCAAGAAUCUCGCUCAAGCAUUAACAAUUCGUACCGUGAUUGGUAUAUUUGGCGUAAACCGAAAUAUGACUUGCAGGGUAAUAGACAGCCACCAAAUAAUUGGUCUGCUGCUUUUGGAGGAAGCGCGUGGACCUUUGAUGAAACAACUCAAGAAUAUUACUUGCAUCUUUUUGCAGUUGAACAACCAGAUUUGAAUUGGGAGAAUGAGAAGGUUCGUGCAGCUGUCCAUGAUAUAAUGAGAUUUUGGUUGAAUAAGGGGGCUGAUGGAUUCCGUAUGGAUGUUAUUAACUUUAUUUCCAAAGACCAAAGAUUUCCAGAUGCUGAAGUUAAACUUCCAAAUGCUAAAUAUCAGGAUGGUUCCAUCUAUUAUGCCUGUGGACCUAGAUUACAUGAAUACUUGAAGGAAAUUGGUCAAAUCCUUAUCGAAUACGAUGCUUUUAGCGUGGGAGAAAUGCCAUGUUGUAAUGAUGCCAAUGAAAUCAUCAAAGCUGUUAAUAUCGAUCGUGAAGAAUUGAAUAUGAUCUUUAAUUUUGAAUUAGUUGAUAUUGAUCAUGGUAAGGGAGGAAAAUUCACAAAAGGCAGCUGGGAACUUGGAGAGAUUUACAAAAUUGUCAAUAAAUGGCAAACGUUUAUGCAAGCAAAUGGUGGAUGGAAUGCCAUUUACUUGGAAAAUCAUGAUCAGCCUCGUUCUGUUUCUCGCUUUGGUUCGGACUCGCCAGAAUUCAGAAAUGUCAGUGCGAAGAUGGUAGCUACGUUUUUGGCAUUCCAACAGGGCACCUUAUUUGUUUAUCAAGGGCAGGAACUCGGACUAAAAAAUGUGCCCGCAUCGUGGGAUAUUUCCAAGUACAGAGAUGUGGAAAUACUCAACCAUUACCAUGAAUUAAAAGAAGACGGUGCAUCUCCCGAAACUCUUAGGGCUGCAAUGGUUGAGUAUCAAAAGAAAUCAAGAGAUAACGCCCGUUACCCUAUUCAAUGGGAUUCUUCAGCUAAUGCAGGCUUUAGUUCAUCUACCCCAUGGAUGGAUAUUAAUGAGGACUACUUGGAAUGGAACGUAGCUGAUGAAGAAAAGGACAUUGAAUCUGUUUUAAAUUAUUGGAAGAGUAUUUUAAGGAUUAGGAAGGAAUGGAAAGAUAUUUUUAUAUAUGGAAAGUUUGAAAUGGUUACGUGUAUGGACGAUGAUAGUGUGUUGGCCUUCAAACGUACUAAUAGUAAGAGUUCUCUUGUUGUCUGUAACUUUUCUAGAAAUGUUACCCUGUGGAGUAUUCCUGAAGAAUUUGAAAAUAGCAAAGUUUUAUUAUCUAAUUAUAACAGAUCAAAGGUUCCCAGGACAAAUUUUGAAUUGCAGCCCUACGAAGCAUUGGUUUUACUUUAA